CUUGUUCCCCCCGCGCCACCGUCCGCUCGGCUGGGGUGAGAGGUCACGGCUGCGUCCCGGAAGCAGCGGGAGGCGGCGGCGGAGGAGGAGGCGGGUGCCCUGGCAGCUGCGCCGGCAACGGCCUCUCCCCCUCACCCCGUCCGGCCCCCUCCCCAUAGCCCCGGUCAGGGCAGGAGGAUGGUGCAGAGCCCGCCCGCACGGCAGCCUCGCCGCCUGUGAGCCCCGCCGCUGCCUCCGGGCCUUGACCCGCCCGGCCCGGGGGCCUCGUCCCCGCUUCGGGCGCCGGCUCGCCUCUCUUCAGCCCUGCUACAUCUGGAUUGAAAAUGAGCUGUUCUGCUAAUAAGAGUCCAUGAGAAUCACCCAGACCUGCAGGGAGCAGAGUCCCUGACUUAAUUAAAUGUUAUCAGAUCUGUGUGAACAAUCAGAAUAAUGUUCAACAUAAACCUGUUGGAGAACCUGAAGGUUUACAUCAGCAGUCGACCUCCACUUGUGGUCUUUAUGAUCAGUGUCAGUGCUAUGGCAAUAGCUUUUCUGACACUAGGUUACUUCUUCAAAAUCAAGGAGAUCAAGUCACCAGAAAUGACAGAGGACUGGAACACCUUCCUGCUGAGGUUUAACGAUUUGGACUUCUGUAUAUCUGAGAAUGAAACCUUAAAGCAUCUCAUCAAUGACACCACAACUCCAGAAAGCACCGUGACAAGUGGCCAGGCAAGAUCUACCCAAUCUCCACAGACUCUUGAGGACUCAGGCCCCAUAAACAUCUCUGUUACAAUCACACUGACGCUGGACCCGCUCAGACCCUUUGGGGGAUAUUCUCGCAACGUCACACAUCUAAGUUCCACAAUUUUUGGGCACCAGAUUGGACUUUCAGGCAGAGAAUCCCACGAGGAGAUCAAUAUUACGUUCACCCUGCCAGCUGCCUGGAAUUCAGAUGACUGCGUUCUCCAUGGCCACUGCGAGCAGGUCGUCUUCACAACCUGCAUGACUGUGACAGCAGCCAGCAAUGUAUUUCCUGUCACAGUUCAGCCACCACAUUGCGUUCCUGAGACGUACAGCAACGCCACGCUUUGGUACAAGAUCUUUACCACAGCAAGGGACUCUAACACAAAAUAUGCACAAGAUUAUAACCCCUUCUGGUGUUACAAAGGAGCAAUUGGAAAAGUCUACCACGCUUUAAACCCCAAGCUAACUGUUAUAGUUCCAGAUGAUGAUCGCUCCCUAAUAAAUCUGCAUCUCAUGCAUACCAGCUACUUUCUUUUUGUGAUGGUGAUCACAAUGUUCUGCUAUGCAGUUAUCAAAGGCAGACCAAGCAAACUGAGGCAAAGCAAUACAGAAUUCUGCUCUGAAAAGGUUGCUUUGUCAGAAGCCUAAAACCCAUCCUCUCCUUCUACCCAGAACGACUGAGAACCGCAAUCAUUGCCUGCUGAACCCAGAACUGGGUCUUAACAACUCUGUGAAUACAUUAUCUUGCAAUGUUGGUUUAUUCCAACCAAAGACAUUUCAAGUGCCUGUAAUUGAUUUGUACAUAUUUAUAAAGGUAUAUCCAGACUAGGUCAGGUGAUGCCCACGUUCCGCAUCGUAGCGCGGCCGGAAACCUUCAGUCUUUACCUGUGGACAUAGCCGAAUGUUUGUGUAGAUAUGUUUAGUGAUAUGGCUACAUAGAGCAAGAUAUUUUUGUCUAGCUGCAUCUGGGCAGGUUAAGAUGCCUUUGCAAGUGUCUCAAACAAACCAACAGAUCUUUGCUUUUCGGUUGUUUUGGGUUUCUUUUGGUUUUUUGCCCACUAUGUACAGUGUGUUUGAACCAGUAAUGCACCUCUGAUAGGAUACUGCAGUUCCAAAGCCACCAAUCUACUACAUGAACUCAGUGUGUUUGUGUGGCCUAAUCCUUUCUUCCAUUUGCUCCUUGCUUGUAAGACAAAAAAGGUAUCAACAGUUUAGGUGAUCUCUUUUGUUUGUUUGUUUGCUUUCCAAAAGGAAAUACAUCUUCACAUUUGAAUAGUGCUGUGUUUAGGACAAACCUCUGCUUUUAUUCAUAGCUUACAAAAAAAACAACAAUGAAGAACUGAAGUCCUCAUUUAAAAAUGUUUCUUAUUGGAAAAGUGCUCAGUUUGAUUGGGUUUUGGUGGUUUGUUGUUUGGUGUUUUUUUUCCCUUUGGCUUGCUGAAUGCCAGAGAAUCAGUCAGCAUAGAGACUAUCUGGAAAGCUUUCCACUUGGCUUCCCAUCUGCAGCCCUCGGACCAGGAUUGUGCAGCUCUGCUGCAGAGCAGCUUUCCAGAAACUUUUCUCUCCCCCCCCCCUUUCUAGAAAGUGAAACUUCUAUAAAAAGAUGGAUUGUAUUAACAGUCUGCUGGGGCUCUGCACAGCCUGGGGCAAGUGCAAACAAUGAAAGGAAAAUAAAUCCUUUAGUCUGGUAUAAAGCUUCACUUUGGGAUUCUCCAUCCAUCUCUGAAGGGCAGCUGAAAAUGACCCUUUUAUUAGCCCUGUCCCAUUUCCAUUCACUGCUGUCCACUCAGGGGAAAAUGACAAGGAGGGAACUAGGGCUGUUGUGAGUAAGGUCAAAGAAACCACACAGUAAAACACACAAUGUUCUCUGUGUCCAUUCUUAAAUCAGGUUUUAUUCAGAGCAUUUCUCCAUUCCCAUCCUACCUUUUGCUGUUUUCUUUCUGGCUUCUUAUCGAGUAGCCUCCUUCAUUUUCUUGAUUUUUCCUCUAGGCAUUUCUACCACUGCUUUUAAAGCCUCACUGGUUGCCUUAAUUUUCCUUUCAGCUUUCCUGUCAGGAUCAUUAGGUCUGCAUGCAUACACAAGUUGUUUUUUCCUCUAAACUACACAGGAGAAGAAACUCCAGUCAAAAAUCUCACAGUCUAGAUUAUGCUGGCAUAAGAUUCUUGGUUUAUUACUUACAGACACUCCUGAGUGUCUGCACACGUGGGACUUCAGUAAAUUCACAACACUUGGAGUGUUUGAAGCAAAAUAGUCACUUCAGAUCAUUUCUUUUAUAGCAUUUCAGUUACUUAAGUGGUAUUAACUAACAUGCAUUUUUCUCCAGGGAUGUUAAGACAGAGCUUUAGAGGUGGCCUAGUUUGAAGUCUAAGGAUAAAACGAAGCUUCCAGUUUUCUCCUGAUACUGCUGUGGGCUGCAUCUGAGCUGAGUUGGCAAAGUCCAAACAGGUAGACAGCUUCUCAUGAUGAUGGUCCAGGCUGUUCCUUAUUCACUCAUACUCAGCCUUCUACAUAAAUACUGACUUUUGGAGUUGCCUGCAAGGGUGGCUUUAUCAGGGGACCAAAGGCAGGAGUAGGAAAUGGGAUUGGGGUGGAAAUGCUUGGAAAACACCCAACAUGAUGUGACUCCUUUAAAAAUAAAAAGGGCAAAGCCAAGUCCUCUGUUUCAGCUAAUGAAAAAUCAAACUCCAAACGUCCAAACUGGGAUUUGAUCUCUUGGGGAGAACAUACUGGGUUGGAUUUUAUUUCGCAUCUGGUUUUGCUCUUUGGGAGUUAAAGCAGCCUGCUUGGAAACUUGGUACCCACCUCACUGAAGUGCAAACACAAAAGGGAGAUGUUGAAGAGUUGUGGGUUUUCUUGGCCUUAGUUUCUCCCUUUUGCACCCCACCUGUUGACAGCAGAGAGCUGAGGAUGCCCAUCGGGGUGGGGAUGCUGCAGUGCUGGGGAGUUGGAUCGUUGUCGUACACGAGUUGAAUGCAGCCAAACAGAAGAGUUUAAAACAACAAAAAAAAAAAAGACUUUAAAAGUUCAGAUCAUAUUGAUCUUUCCUUUUUUUUGUUUGUUUGUUUGUUUUCUUUUUUCUUUUUAACUAUGACUUGAAUCAGUUUUGAUUCUAUUUGUACGUGUUUUCUUGUUCUUAGAAAGCUGCCAUUUUUCUUUUGCAUUGUUGUUUUUCCUUUGGCAUUACACAGAGAAAUCUGAGCCUUGGUUUUCAACCCUCUGCAGGUGAUUGUAGGGUUAAGAUGGGUUGGGUUUUUUUUUUAUCCUUCUUUUUUUUUUCCCCUUUGGGGUUUUGUUUUGUUCUGACAUUUCACUUGUCUUGUUGCAUGAUGGUUAAUAGCUGAUUUGGAAAUGACAUUUCUCUCCUAGAUUAAUUUUGUGUUUGUAAGAUGUGCAUAUUGCUUUGCAGAAUAAUAAAAAACAAGGAAGUUUA